CGCCACGCCGCCGCGAUGACCACGCUGGCCGGGGCCGUGCCCAGGAUGAUGCGGCCCGGAGCCGGGCAGAGCUACCCGCGCGGCGGCUUCCCGUUGGAAGUCUCUACACCUCUCGGCCAGGGCAGAGUCAAUCAGCUCGGAGGAGUGUUCAUCAACGGACGGCCGCUGCCCAACCAUAUCCGCCACAAGAUCGUGGAGAUGGCGCACCACGGCAUCCGGCCCUGUGUCAUCUCCCGGCAGCUGCGCGUGUCCCACGGCUGCGUCUCCAAGAUCCUCUGCCGCUACCAGGAGACGGGCUCCAUCCGCCCGGGGGCCAUCGGCGGCAGCAAACCCAAGGUGACGACGCCGGACGUGGAGAAAAAAAUCGAGGAGUACAAACGGGAGAACGCGGGGAUGUUCAGCUGGGAGAUCCGCGACAGGCUGCUCAAGGACGGCGUCUGCGACCGCAACACCGUGCCCUCAGUGAGCUCCAUCAGCCGCAUUCUGCGGAGCAAGUUUGGGAAAGGCGAGGAGGAGGAGGCCGAGCUGGAGAGGAAGGAGGCGGAGGAAGGAGACAAGAAGGCGAAGCACAGCAUCGACGGCAUCCUCAGCGAGAGAGCAUCAGCACCCCAGUCCGAUGAAGGCUCUGAUAUCGAUUCUGAACCAGACUUACCUUUAAAAAGAAAGCAGCGUCGCAGCAGGACAACCUUCACAGCAGAGCAACUGGAAGAGCUGGAGCGAGCUUUUGAGAGGACACACUACCCUGACAUUUAUACUCGGGAAGAACUCGCACAAAGAGCCAAACUCACAGAAGCUCGAGUUCAGGUCUGGUUCAGCAACCGCCGUGCUAGAUGGAGGAAGCAGGCAGGAGCCAACCAACUGAUGGCUUUUAACCACCUGAUCCCAGGAGGGUUUCCACCCAGCGCCAUGCCGACUCUGCCGACAUACCAGCUCUCUGAGCCGUCCUAUCAGCCCACCUCCAUACCGCAAGCCGUGUCUGAUCCAAGCAGUACAGUCCAUAGACCUCAGCCUCUCCCUCCAAGCACUGUACACCAAAGCAGCCUCCCUUCAAACCCAGAGAGCAGCUCUGCCUAUUGCCUACCCAGCACCAGGCAUGGAUUUUCCAGCUAUACAGACAGCUUUGUGCCUCCGUCCGGGCCCUCAAAUCCCAUGAACCCUGCCAUUGGCAAUGGCCUUUCACCUCAGGUAAUGGGACUCUUGACUAAUCAUGGUGGUGUGCCUCACCAGCCCCAAACUGAUUAUGCCCUGUCCCCUCUGACUGGAGGUCUGGAGCCCACCACCACUGUCUCAGCCAGCUGCAGUCAGCGGCUAGAUCACAUGAAGAGUUUAGACAGCCUGCCUACAUCCCAGUCCUACUGCCCACCAACCUACAGCACCACCGGCUACAGCAUGGACCCUGUCACGGGCUACCAGUAUGGGCAAUAUGGACAAAGUGCCUUUCAUUAUCUGAAGCCAGAUAUUGCAUAAAUGAACUGUCC